AUGGCUUUGAAAUUAGAAAAGCUAACAGAUGGCAAAAAGAAGUCUAUUGCUUUGAAUAUAGAUACAAGUGAGUCUUCAAAUUUAUCCAGUUAUGAAGAAGAAAUGGCUAUGUUAGUAAGAAAAUUCAGAAGAGCAUUCAGAAAAGGUGGAAGCAAGUGCAAAAGAUUUGUCAAAAAGUAUGGACCAAAAGAUGACUCUCAAAAAGAUCCAAAAGAAAUUAUCUGCUAUGAAUGUAACAAGCCCGGUCACAUCAGACCUAACUGUCCAAAAAACAAAAAGAAGAAGAAGGAAGAUAAAGGAAAGAAGGCUAUGGUAGCUGUAUGUGAUGCAAUUGAUGAGAGCUCAAGUGAUGAUUCAAACGAGAAGAAUGAAGGUAAUAUUUGCUGUAUGGCUCUUGAAAAAGAAACUGCUGAACCUUCAAAAGAUGAAAAAAUUCAGAUAACUGAGGAAACAAAUAAGUGGCAUAUUGACAGUGAGUGUUCACAUAACAUGAUUGGAGACAAGACUCUAUUCAGUAAGCUGUUCAUGAAAUCAGAAGGGUUUGUAAGAUUUGGAGAUAAAGGAAGAGCACAGAUUAUCGAAAAUGGAACAAUUGGAUUAAAACCAUGUAUCGAAAAUGCGGCACUUAUUCAAAGUCUGAAAUAUAACUUGUUGAGUGUAAGUCAACUUUGUGACAAAGGUUUCAAGAUAACAUUUCUAUCCACAUAUUCUGAAAAUUCUUGA